AUCCAAAUGUGCAACAUCCUGUUUUGAGAUGAUGAUUUCGAUGGUAUAUUCCCCUGGGUCCGUUUUUUGUGUCAGGUUUGUUGAAGGAACUUUAAUCGACUCAGGAUGUUUGUUCUCAUCUGGUCGACUCUGCUUUUCUCUGUGAGAGUCAGCGAUGCUGAAACAGGUUAUUCAGCGUGGGGGCCAACAAGUUGUUCGUAUGGCUUCUGUAACACUCUUGUUGAAGGAGACAUCACUGCAGAGGUCGGACUCUGUGUCGUGAUACCGUGCUCCUUCACUAUUCCUUAUAGUUUCCGACUCUCAACUUUGGUUUGGUCCAAAUGUGAAUCGACUAAACCAAGAUGUGGUGACGUAGACAUGAUAUUCAACAGUAGGGGUUCCAGCAGAAAGGUUCAGGUGGGGUUUACAGGCCGAGUGUCACUGCUGGAGUCAGAUGUGAGUCAGAAGAACUGCAGCAUCAUCAUCAGUGACCUGAAGGAGUCGGACUCGGGAACAUAUCAACUCAGAGUUAAUGGUCAUUUCAAUGGAUAUGCAGACGGAUUUACAUUCCCCCAAAGAACAACUGUCCAUGUCAAAGGUCUGAGUCAGAAGCCCACUGUGACAAUUCCUCCUCUGACUGAAGGACGACCGGCCACACUGACCUGCACAGCUCCCGGCCUCUGCUCUGGCUCUGAACCUACAAUCACCUGGACGUGGCGAGGAAGAGGAGAGAGCGACGCUCACAUCCCGGGAAGCAUCACGGCCCUCAUGACUGAGAAUGUGGCUGCGUUCGCAAAGAGAAGUCGCUCGAAUCUGACCUUUGACCCUUCAGCUGAACACCACGGCGGCAACAUCACCUGCACGGUCAACUUCAGAGGAAACGUGAUCACAGAGGAGACGAAGACUCUGAGUGUGACCUAUGUGAAGGAAGUUAGAAUCACACGUAAUACAAGUGUGAAGGAGGGUGAGACUCUGAAUCUGACGUGCAGCGUUGAAAGUUUCCCUCCAUCGAUGAUCACAUGGACAAAAGAUUUUGACCAAAACAUCAGAAAUGGAACAGAGACCACUCUGCAGAACGACACAUUCAGUAACCUGCUCAAUGACACCGAAGAAAGAGGAACUGCCACUCUCGCCAUCUCUAAUGCGACACCAGAGGAUUCUGGACAGUACAUCUGCACAUUGACACACAGGAACAACACCUGGAAGGAAAGUGUCAAUGUAACAGUGAUCUACAUGAGAGAUCCAGUGAUCACCGGAGACUCCAAAGUAAAGGGGGGAGAUGUUUUGAAUCUGACCUGCAGCGUGGACAGUUUCCCUCCAUCUCUUGUAGUGUGGACUAAACUUGGCUUCAACACAAACCUGCACAAUGGAAGCGUCCUGCAGAACGACUCUGGUUCAUCCACACUCAUCAUCCCUGAUGUGACUGCAGAACAUUCAGGACAUUACAUCUGCACAGCACAACAUCCGGACAGGACCGCAACUACAUUUACUGAUGUAACGGUGACUUGGUUUUCAAAGAUCUUAAAAAACUCCGGCUGUGAGGUCCAGUCGGGGGUCCUGACCUGCGUGUGCAUCAGUGAGGGGUUUCCUCUUCCCGCCAUCAAAUGGCCGCUGUUGAAAGACCACACUGCGUACUCAAUCAUUACCACAGUGUCAAACUACACUGUCAGCAGCACCGUCAUCCUGAAAGGCCGAAGUAACAGCUCUGUCGAGUGUGUCAGUGAUAAUGAAAAUGGGGAAGCAAAAGAGAAACUCAUCACUCGAAUAAACUCCUCUGAACUCGGGGAUGAACCCAAAGUAUUUAAAAGAUUUUCAUGGUUGGAAGCCAUCAUCGCCUUUUUCCUUGGGGUUCUUCUCUCAGCUGUAGUUUUCCUUUUGGCAAAACAAUGCCAACGAAAGAAACAGAAAAGCACUGAUUAUCUGGAUGAGACUCUGGAGAUGGCGACUAAUCAAGAGGAUCCACUGAUACAUAAUGGACAAGCAGCAAGAGAUGCCCAGACCCACGGCCAAGAGAGAGCUGAGGCUGGAUCUGUGGCAGCGGAGACACGAGCCCCUGAUCUGGACGGUGGGCCAGAUGACGUGGACUACGCCAGCAUCGAUUUCUCACUGCUGAAAAGAAGGAGUGCCAGAGAUGGAGCAAAGAAGCCGGAGACCACUGAGACGGAGUACGCUGAAAUCAAAAAACAAGUCGAAGAGGAGAGAGAAGAUGGUGGUGCAGAGGAAGGUAAGGUGUUGGAGGAGGCCAGGAUAGAGGAGGAAGAGGAGACAAAUCAUUGUGUCCCAGAGGAGGAGGAAGGGGAGGACAUGGCAGUGUACGCCAACAUAAAGGAUGUAAUGGCUGAGAUUUUCGCAGAGUCACCGUCGGAAAACAACUGCAACGUCACCUACACCGCCAACCAGAGCAACCCUGCGCCCAACUGUGUCAACAGCACCGCCGAGGUGCACGAGCGCUUAAAGUGUCUACUCAACCAAUUGUUUCUCACUGUGAAACAGCCACAAGUCAUCAUUGCAUUUCUGACCGGGAUUCUUCUCACAGCAACCAUCUGCUGUUUGGUCAGAGCAUGCCACAGAAAAAAGAGGAAAUCUGAAAAUGUGGCCGAGAACAUGGAGAUGGUGACCACUGAAACAAUGCGGCUGGUCGAUGAUUGUCAAGCAGUGGAAUGUGACGACGGGACUCAUGGCUGGGCAGCUGAGGCUGCUGGGACAUCAGCGCCUGAAGGUGACCAGGAACUAAAAGAAGUGGAGUACUCCAACAUUGUCUUCUUUGGGUCACGGAGCAGUCUCACAGAGGACAGGGACGCUCGAGAGGCCGCAGAGACAGAGUAUGCUGAAAUUAAGAAAGACACAGCGGAGGAGGGACAAGAUGAUGGAGGGGAAGGAGGUGAAGUGUUGGAGGACAACAGAGAGGAGGAGAAUCUGGUAGAGGAAGAGUUGGAGGCGGGACUGAAUGUGUUGACAGAGGAGGAAGGUGAGGACGGGGCGGUGUAUUCCACAGUGACUAGAGAACGAGAGGAACCCGGGGGCAGAACAGAAAUACAUGUUCACAUAUAAUGUGUUACGAUAAGGGCUGACUGUGUUUAUGAGGCUGAUGAAGAAUCCUUUUAAAAAAAUGACACAAUUAAAAUUCACAUUUCUUUGUCACAAGGGUUUGAUAACGACAGGAAUCAUUUAAUUUGUUUUUCUAAAUAUAUAAUAUGAGCCGAUAUAUCAUAUAGGACAUUUUUUACUCUUAAGCAUCAACUCCCAAAAAUCCACAUGGGUCGGGCUCUGACUCAAAGAGUCCAGGGCAGAGAGCAGGUGUGAAGUACAAAACUCUCGGAGAGAGAAAGAACCCAUUACAUUUUGUCAUAGAUCCAGACAAAGGGUCAGAUCCAGGACUUCCUUUUCACUUUCUUUAACAAUGUUGGAUUUUGUGUUUUAAAAUAAAAAAAAACAAUUUUUGUAAAUUUCCCAGAGAAUAACUCGUGGACCUUGUGCAGAUUAACAGAAUAUAAGAGGAGUGUUGGGUCCUACUCAGGGUCAUUCUAGGUUUUUUUAAAAGAAAUAAGUGUGUUUGAAAUUUUCUCUAAGUUGAUAGAACUGUUUGAAUCUAGUUUCUGCUGUGUUCACGGAAAAGUUGACUGUGUCUGAAACAUACUGUAAAUAUCUGCUGAUGGUCAGACCAGUGCGCUGCAUGCUUCACAAUGUCAGAAUGUGAAUCUGAGGCAACCUGAAAUUAAUUGAAUAACUAGAGUUUUGACCGCUUCAGUUUUGUUUUUAUCCUCCAUGCACCUUGGAAGUAGAUGAAAUCCUUCUCUGAGAAAAUUCUUCAUAACUUCAGAUUAACGGUUUGAAACGGUUUUAAAACUCAAUGUCUGUGUCCGAGUGUUUAAAUGACUGAAAUGAACCCGUCUCUGGUAUUUAUCCUUUGUCCUCAGUCGUACUCGCUCUGUUAAAUGUGCUUCAAAUUACCGACGCUACUGUUCUGGCCUAGUUCUUUUGUAAAUCAUUAGAAGAAGAAGUUACCAGAGACUCUGUAGAGAAAGUGAUGCCAUAUAUGGAAACAUCUAAAUGAAUACCCAUAUGAGUGUUUACCACACUAAGCUGACAACUGUUCCUGUGAUAGCAGCAAACACAGAUGGGGUUUGUAAGAGGUGCAAUAAAAAAAGAUUCUGAUCAUUUCUCUGAUACAAGGGAAAUGCAAAGAAGCUGCAUACAGCGAGCAUAUACCCACAGUUACAGAAACGAGCAUGUGCACAACGAAAAUACAAAUGUUUCUUUUGUCAAGAUGAGCAGAUUGGUUUUUUUGUGCAACUGACAUCAACUUCCCCUUUUCUCAUUUCAUAUUCUUGAAAGUGGUACACAAAAACAUAGGACAUAGAGCAUGAUGGGGUAGAUAAUAACUGUCUCACAAGAUGAGCCACAGAACUCAGCAUUAAAUGUCUCUGCUUGAAAUGGGAGAGGGUAGCGGUAGUCAAAUCUAGUCAGAAAUCUUAAACAGAUGAACAUGCAACAUCUGUGCACCUGCUUCCGAGCGUGAUCAACCAAACUUCCUGUGUGAGUUUCUUUCUUUCUCUUAAAGUUACAGAGUGAAGAGUUUUGUGAUAUGUAGUGUUGAAAUUGCAUGUUGCAGCUGAACAGCCCUCACCUCGCCCUCUCCUUCCACACAUGAAAAAGAAACUGCUGUGAACUUUAAUUGUCAUAAAAACUAAAAUUUAGAGGAAACGAACGAGUGAAAACAUCAUGAGGAUUAUUCUACAUUCAAUUUCUGCCAAUAGUUCCCUUUCGCCUAAAUCUGGAGCUUUAAAGGGAAGUUUGUGUUCUGCGGAUGGAGAGAUGAACAUACGCUGUUUUUAGACAUGAACUCCUGAGAAUGUCCGCACAAAUGUUGCUGGACUUUCUCAGGAGUUUGCCACUUUCUCAUGUGAACAACCAGGCAGGAGAUUCUUUGGUCAGACGCAUUCAAAACAGAACAAGAAUCUGUGGAGUGUAAGCAGCUGCAGAGGAGGGUUCAUGACGUAUUUACUGCAGUCAGCCACCAGGGGGCGAUUCAAGCAACUUUACGGUGACAACAAGUCAUUACUGCAUCCUGUGGUUCCAGUUAUUUACAGUUUUGCUGUUUCUCUUGCAUGUAUUUAAUAAAAAUAUUUAUUUCUAGUGAACCAGAUUGAGUUAAAACUGUGCACUAGAAAAUUCCUCCCAUCUUUUCGUUUUUGAAAUAAGCUUUUAGUGUAGAAAUAAAAGAUAUAAAUUCACAUCACGGUCUUCUGCUGUGUGAGAGGAUGUGAAGCUGAAAAUAACUGGAACACAGGUGGUUUGUGGGUCCCAGAGAGUAAAACUACUUUUUUUAACUGUAUAUAUUCAACUUUGUUCUUUUUUAUUCUACAUUUUAAAAAUAUCUG